CUUUGAAUCAUUUGAUUUAGUCGCGGAAAGUGGUUUGUUUACUUUCAAGGUUACGAUGCCUCACUCGACUCUUACGGAUUGUGACAGAUACGAAGAAGGUGAUUUAUGUACGGAAAAAAAGCAUCUUUGGUCUAGUCUACUCGAAGAGGUUACACACAAGGCUGCAGUGACAUUGUCUCCCUCCAAAACUCUUGUUGUUUUGGGUGAUGAUGAGUGUGGGAAAACUACUCUAAUAGCUCGACUUCAAGGUACAGAAGAUCCAAAAAAAGGUUUUGGACUUGAGUAUACUCUUUUGGAUAUCAAGGAUGAAGACAGAGAUGAUCAAACGAAGCUGAAUGUGUGGAUUUUGGAUGGCAACACAAUUCAUAGUCAUCUUUUAAAGUUCGCAAUCAAUGAAGAAUCGUUCGGAGACUGCUUCAUCAUGAUAUGUGUGAGCAUGAUGGAACCAUGGAAUAUUAUUAGCAGCUUAAAUAAGUGGGUUGGUAUCUUAAGAGAACAUAUUGGUAAUCUCAAAGUUUCAAAUGAGAAGCUUCAAGAAUACAAGAAAAAUAUUUUGCGCCAAUUCUGUAGUUAUCUAGAACCUGAUGUACUAUCUAACACUGCUCAUGUCGCGCCCAUGUGUAUCAGUCCAUCUGGCAAUCAUCAACCUAAUGGACUUGUUUCACCGAAAAAGUUAUCGGGAAUACACCCUGCAACUGCUGCUCUUCUCUCAAGCACAUUAAACUCACUAUCCGAAACUGCGUCUCAGCCACCGUCUGUUAUAAAUGUCGAACAAGCAAACAUUUCUAUGGAGACAAACACUGAUGAAAAUGCUCUAAUCAACAAUUUGGGGAUUCCAAUAGUUGUAGUGAUGACAAAGGCUGAUUCUAUGGGGGCUCUGGAAAAAGAAAAUCAGUUCACAGAAGAACACUUUGACUUCAUUCAAAUGCAUGUUCGACGUUUUUGUUUGUCCUAUGGAGCGGCACUGUUUUAUGUGUCGGUAAAGGAGGACAAGAACUGUGAUUUGCUAAAUCGUUAUCUACAAAGUCGUAUCUACGGUUUUCCAUUCAGUCAAACUGCGUAUGUUGUCGAAAGAGACUGUAUUUUCGUUCCAGCCGGAUGGGAUAACCUAAAGAAAAUUGGAAUUCUUGAGGAAAACCUUACUCAAGUUCAACCGCAUAGUCUGUAUUCUGACGUAGUUCCUCCACCACCGUCGAAAAAAGCAGCAGUUCGCGAACCGGAACUAUUUACUCAAGAUGACCAAUCAUUCCUUACUCGCCUCUCGGUCAGCAUGCAAAGAGAUAAUGCUCAAGCAAAUAUUUCAAAUAAUACAAUAUCUGGUAAUUCGGAUUCUGUCAUGGAUCAGCUUGGAACAACUACUGCCUUGAUGAAUACAUCUUCCAAUGUUGGAAGUAGACCAGUUUCUGGAUCUCCUCGUACACCUGGUUCUGCUGGUAGAUCAAAGCCUCCUUCAGCUGUUGGUGGAGCUGCUGGGACAACAGGUGGACCUGGACCAGGGGCUUCUGAAGGUGUAUUAGCCAAUUUUUUCAACAGUCUGCUUAGCAAACGCACACCUGUUGUUGGUGGAGUUGGCGGUAUUGGUACAUCUGCAUCACUGAGUACACAAGGUUCUCUAGGUAAUUGGACAAGUUUUGUUGAAAUAUGUUUGUUAAUCUUCAAUGUAUUAUAAGAACGCUGCUUUUAUCGCUUAAGGAAUAUGUUAUUUGACCGUAUUGAAAUUCUUAUAAGAUAGUUUAUUGCGUAUGUUAUAUGUAUAAUUUUACCGCUUAGGCGUAUAUUUUUUGAAUAACCUAAUUCAUAAUGUACAAAACUUUGGUUUAAGUGGAAUUAUCGUAAUGGCUUUUUUGAACUUGAUAUCUGAUAUUAUAUUGUGUUACUUGUAACUCAGUUACCUCUACAGCAACCUGCACUUCGGUUUUACUUUAAUUAAAACAUUUGACAUGGAGAGCCAGUCAGAUGUAGCUUAAUUAAACUUUCUAUUGAUGGCAAUCAGAAGUGACCCGAAGGUCAAGUGCAUUUCGUUGGGUCAAUUUUCUAAGGUUAGAGUGGUAUAUAUAUAUAUAUAUAUAU